GGAGAAAAGAAAAACAGUCUACGCGGGUGAGCGGAAGAGACAGAAAGGAAUCUGAGAGGAGCGUCACUUGUUAUCAGAGAAAAUGGGUGAUGAUUUCACACGCCCCCGCCUUAUGAAUUUCGUUUCUGAGGAACAGUUGGAUCAAGCCAAGAAAACCCGGGGCGAACGAGUCGAGGAUGGCACCGCCUACCGCGACAGACCCCUUUUUGAGAUUCUCAAGGAAAAUAAGGACAAGAAGGAUGCCGAGUUCAACGAACGUUUCAAGCACAGACCUCCCAAAGCUCUGGAUGAUGACGAGACGGAGUUUCUUGAUCAGUGGGAGACUUCGAAGAAGGAAUAUGAACGACAGAUUGUGGAUGAGGAAGCACAACAACUUUUGAGCUUUCAGGCAGCGGUGGCAGCAAAGUCGAGCAUUGUACAAGAGUUAACGGAAAUACCUUCUGUUCCGGUAGUCAAGGAGCAGCUGAAACCAACCGGGAAGAGGAAUCCACCUGCUUUUCCUUUAGGCAUGAUUGUUAAAGUGAAGCCACAAGCGAAGAAAGCUAAAACUGAUCAAGGGGGCAUUGGAGAAGCUACAAGCACAGCGAAACCCACUAAUGUCAACACAGAUAAAACUUUAGAGAAGCACCCAUUUUUCAGCUUUGAAAGCUAUGCUAGUCUAUGUGCUACUCCAUUGAAAGAUCUUGUAGCAUGGUCCUCCAAACAGCAGCAUGGUUACCAGAUGCAAUGUCCAUUACUGCUUCCAAGCAGUCUGUUUCUUCUACAGCCUUGGAUACAUUCAUUGUCAUUAACAACUUGAGUCCUUCUCUGAUGGCUAAAAGCUCAAUCUGUGCAGCACCAGGGUUACCGGAAUAGCAAAUGCGGCUAGAAACUGCCUGGCUUGGUUAAACUCAGUAAGCCAUGCCAAUGAACUAAGAGUAGGGUCAUUUGUCCAUUUGUCUCUCCAUAUGUGAAUCUGAGUCCCAUCUCCUACUCGCCAUUGCUCUUCAGCUCCGAGCACUGGCUUUCCUUGCAGGAUACUUAAGCCAAGAGAAGGAAGGGGAGUUCCCUAACUCCGGCUGCCUCGAAAGAAGUAUAAGGGUGGUACUUAGCGUUAAAAAUCUGCCACAGGUGAGUUGGAUUUGAUACCAGCCUUCACCCUUGCUUUGCAUGAUCAAGAGUAAGAAAAGCACUUGAACCCCAUGUCCCCUUCAUCUUUGGUAAGACACCACUCCUAGCUGCGCCAAUGUAAUUUUUUCUUUUCCUCAUUUCUCCCGGAAAGAAAGAAGCACGCAACUGAUGAUUAUCAUCACACAUUUCUUCCACUUUGUAUGUGGGAUUUCCCACUCUGUUUGCUUUAUUUGUGGCAGAUUUGAACUUGCUUUGCAAUUCGGCACUAAUAAA